AUGCCACACAUGGCAAACAUUUUGGAUAACUUGAGGAAUCCUCAGCUCUUUUGUAUGCAUGACCCAGAAUCCAUUUCUGUAAGAAACCCAGGGAUUCUGAAAAUUUCUCAUGAAAAGUUUAGGCAUUUUCAGUGUCUGUCAGUGACCGGGCCUUACCAAGCUGUCAGCCAAAUCCAGGAGCUCUGUUGUCAGUGGCUUCAGCCAGAGACCCACACCAAGGAGCAGAUGAUGGAGCUACUGGUGCUGGAGCAGUUUCUGAACACCCUGCCAGAGGAGGUUCAGACAUGGGUGAGAUCAAAACGACCCAAGAACAGCAAGGAGGCAGGAACCCUGGUGGCAAACUUGAUCCAAGCAUGUAGGGAGCCAGGUUCCCCUGCUCAGGACUCUAUCCUUGCAGAAGAGAGGAACAUCAAAGAACACCAAAAGGAAGAACCAGACACAUUUGACAGUUUGCCCUCUGCUGGAUCCCAGAGUCCAUCUCAAGGAUUCCAAGUGGAGAUGCCCACAGGAACUGCUGAGGAGUUGGUGACUUUCCAGGAUGUGUUUGUGGACUUCAGCCCGGAGGAAUUAACCUCCCUGAGUGCUGCUCAGAGGAACCUCCACCAGGAGGUGAUGCUGGAGAAUUACAAGAACCUGGUCUCCUUAGGGCACCAGUUCUCUAAACCCGAUAUGAUCUCACAGCUGGAAGAGUCACGUGCUAUGGAGGAAGACAGCACUACAAAGACAGGUCAAGAUUGGAAAAAAGGACCUGAAACCAAAGAUCUCACUCCAGAGAAAAUCCUGCCUUUAGAGCAAUCAUCCCUGGGGGCAGGAAUGGAGGAUUUGGAAGUAGGUAACUUCUGGCAUGUAGAACACAUGGGUGAGCCUUCUCCAAAUGAUCCGCUGGAUUCAUAUCAGGUCAUCGAGGAGAAACCUCCGAGUCCUGUAACAACGAAUGAGCCUAAGACCUUCACUCAGGAAAGAAGCCUCAACAAUGAUGAAUUGGAGAGAAGUUCAAUUCUUCCCAAACAAUCAGAGGGUCCUUUAGGAGUAGAUCCCCAGGAAUGUGCUGCUCCUGGGAUUUGCACCAGUCCUCAGCCAGUGGUCAGCAAGCCUUUCCUUCAAGAGACCAGAAUCAACAGAUGUGAAUUUUGCACAAAAACCUUUAGCACCCAAGAGGCCCGUAAGAGACAUGAGCAGAUCCAUACUAGGAAGAAACCCUUUAAAGGUAAACAGUAUGGAGAAGCCCUCUGUCUCAUGCCAUGCCUCACUGGACAUCAGGGGACUCAUUCUGGUGAUGAGUCGUCUGGAAAGUCUUCGACCCAGUGUCCAAGUGUCCAUGUGAGAAUCCACAGUCAGGAGGACUACUACGAAUGUGUCCAGUGUGGCAGAGCUUUUAUCCAGGACGUGCAUCUUUUUCAGCAUCUCCAAGCCCACGAGGCAGCAAAAGCCCUUCCACCUGUGUUGCCCCGCACCAAGACAUACUUAAUUCGCUAUCAGCAGAAGCAUGACUCUGUUGGACAGAGAGCCCUUCAGUGCUGCGACUGUAGCAGGGCCUUCCGUCAGAGUUCGCAUCUCAUUUCACACUAUCGGAUCCAUGCUCAGGACAGGCCUUUCCAGUGCCAGCUGUGUGGGAAAUGUUUCAGCCGACCCUCACAACUCACUCAGCACUAUCAACUCCAUUCUCAAGAGAAACCCAGUGAGUGCAAUUGCUGUUGA